GGAGGUUGCGGAGACAUCUAUUUUUAGAUGAUGAUAACAAAGAUGGUAGUAAACAACUACCUAUAGCAGUUUUUCCCUAUUUUUUUGCGCAUCAGAUUCGAUCUUUGCUGUAAGAGUCAUUUGAUUAAUAUCUUUCUUUACCCUAAUUAAAAGUCUUUGCUACCUCUCGAAUGGGUACACUACUACUACUACUACCGAAGACGUCCUCUGAAGCGUGUAAAAAAAAUGGAUUUCGACUAUUCCUCUGGGUCGGAGAAUGAUGCGCCAGCAGGUGCUGCUGUGCCAACAGGUAGCACUGCUGUACCAACUGGUACUGGACCGAGUGCCGCUUCAGCAUCGAAUGGUAGCGGUCAUGGGAAGAAGGCCAAUGAUCCAUCAAGCGCUCAUGGGGUUUCAACUCAAAACACUACGACAGCGACAACAACAACAUGUACUAGAGCGACUCCAACAUCCUCUUCUUCUUCCUCCACAACAAGGACAGCACACCAGCACCAAAACAUGACAGCGACACCAACCCAAGUGACAGAAGUAACACGACGCCGCUUCCUCACACGAUUUACUAAGAUUGAAGAUGGCCAGUUUCAUUGCAACUUGUGUGCCGGAUUUACGUGUGAGAAAAAGACGCAACUAGAAGUGCAUCUAGCCGUAGUGCAUAAAGCGGAAUUACUCGCUUUUGCAGCUUCCGAAGCAGCGUCUGGCGCGAAGUCAGCUAGUCGUGGAGAAAGUAUGAAACUGCGGAUGGGCGCUACAAAAGAGGCACUGGAAAGGGAGGAAGCGGAAAGGAGAGAAAGAGAGAUGAAGGUGGAACAACAAGCAGCUGCUGGAAUUGAUGCUGCCAGUUUGUCGAAUAGCACAUCGACAGGAGUUGAGAAGAAUGUAGGGGUCACUAGCACUGCAUCUACGAGAGAAAGGAGUCCGAGAAGAAACACAAGUGACAUCCAAAAUCAUGAGGAGAAAGUAGAUGCCGGAACCCAAGAGCCGAAGAAGAAGUUUGAUUUCUCUUUGGAUGCGGUUCUUGGUGGUGGCAGCAGCUCAUCUGGCAGCAAUAAGAAGAACAAUUCUAAGAAAACGCCGUCUACAUCAAUUUGGGCAGCUACUAAGCAGCGAGAUGAGUAUGGGGCCUUCGUCGAGACCGAACAAAUGCGUAAAACCCGCAUUCAAAGACAGCAGAUCGAAGAGGACCUCAUAACUCCUGAAAAACUAGCUGAAAACGACAAACGACAUGGCUUAGACAAUGACAACAUAAAGCAAAAUGUGAUCUCUAGUUUGAAGUCGGUUUUCGUCGCUUCGAAUUUGAUGCUCUUGCCUAAAAUGGAAGCAAGAUGCACUUUGUGUCGCACCAAAUGCCCUAGCAUGGAUGCUGGAAAGCAGCAUGUGCUCGAAAAGCAUCAACCCGAAUUGCAUAAGGACCUGGAAAAGUGGCAGAAAUUUGUCCACUUUUGGGCAGUCCAGAAAAGAAGCUCCAUCCUAGGCGGUCAGACGAACACACAAUGCCCGGUUUGCAAUGGACAUUUUGGUAGGUUAGACAGGCAUUUAGGCAAAGAAGUGUGGAUAUUGAAAGAUAGCAGUCAUGUGAAAUUUUACGCGACGAUGAAAAAACAAGAAGAAGACGCAGAAAAUGGGUUCAAUGACUUCUAGAAACACAGACAUGAUAAGUACAGAGGGAGAGGUGCUCCCAGGCAGUCCUCGUCUUCUUUUGACGACUGAAAAUAGUAUGAAAUUGAAAGAAUCAACGUUACCUCUCCACCGAACCCUAAUCCUAAGCCAUGUAAUCUCGAAGCAACGCUUCAC